GCUCUCUCUCGCGAGAUUUGUCAGCGGCCAUCUUGCUCUUGCCCCGACCAGAUUCUCCGGUCGGGGUCACAGGGACACUAAAACCGUCUCCUGGACCUUUGCUGACCAUGCUGUCCCGGGUGGUACUUUCUGCUACCGCUAUAGCGGCCCCCGGUCUGAAGAACGCAGCCCUCUUAGGACCAGGGGUAUUGCAGGCAACAAGGAUCUUUCACACAGGGCAACCAAGACUUGCUCCUGUACCACCUCUUCCUGAAUAUGGCGGAAAAGUUCGUCUUGGGCUGAUUCCUGAGGAAUUCUUCCAGUUCCUUUAUCCUAAAACUGGUGUGACAGGACCCUAUAUGCUUGGAACUGGGCUUAUCUUAUAUUUUCUGUCCAAAGAAAUAUAUGUGAUUACCCCAGAGACCAUCUCUUCCAUAUCUGUAGUAGGGCUGAUUAUCUAUGCAAUUAAAAAAUAUGGUGCCACCUUUGCAGAAUUUGUUGAUAAAAUCAAUGCGCAAAAAAUUGCCCAACUAGAAGAGGCAAAGCAAGCUUCCAUGAAACAAAUCCAGGAUUCAAUUGAUUUGGAGAAGUCACAGCAGGCACUUGUUCAGAAGCGCCACUACCUUUUUGAUGUCCAGAGGAAUAAUAUUGCUAUGGCCUUGGAGGUUACUUACCGGGACCGACUACAUAGAGUAUAUAAGGAGGUAAAGAGUCGCCUGGACUAUCAUAUCUCUGUGCAGAAUAUGAUGAAUCGAAAGGAACAAGAGCACAUGAUAAACUGGGUGGAGAAACAAGUGGUGCAGAGCAUCUCUGCACAGCAGGAAAAGGAGACAAUUGCCAAGUGUAUUGCAGAUCUAAAGCUGCUUGCAAAGAAGGCUCAAGCACAGCCAAUUAUGUAAAUGUAUCUCUCCCAAUUGAGAGCCAGAAACAGUUGACUAAAUGGAAACUAGUCUUUGUGACUAAAACUUCCCGUAUUGCUGUCUACUGAAAUUACAGUUUACUUUUCCUAAAAAAGAAAAGCUUGGGGUUUCAUUUAGUGAGAACUAAAUCUAUUGGCCAGUCAGCUAUUCCUCAUCAUUACUCUGCAUCUUGAGUUGUUCUAUGAUCACUUUUGAAUAGCAAUUUGUUUUUAUUAAAACUUAUCUAAAUAUUACCAAGUUAUAGGUUAAAUUUGUAAUUAGUUCUAUGAUCUUGCAAUAAAGGACAAUUGAAACAAGAUUUUUCCA